CUGAAAUAUUCACAAUAAAAACCUUAGGUUGUGGUUUAAAUACUCGCCUGUGCAAAGGAAACAAAAUAAUGCAGUUUAAAGUUCACUUUUAAAAGGAGAGGCGGACGUGACAACAAUAAGCAAAGCUGAUACACGAAACGGUGAAACAACGAUACGUUUUGAUUCUUGUUUCUAAACUGAAAUGCCAGUCAGUAGACAGCAAUCCGCACACAGCAGCAACAACUUCCUGAAACGCUCAGGGAGGCACCCUUGAAGAGGCCCUGCCCUGUAGGCUCCACCUGGAUCAUUUUACAACAGGGAUACCACCCUCCCCAGAUCAGUUGGGAAGACGUAGAGAAAAGGUUUCCUUAUACUCGGAAUAUUCACAAGAGGGGUGCCCACCAAACCGUGGAUCUGACUGCGCACCACUAUUAGGAGAGUGCAGUGUGCCCCCUCCCCAUCGGCAGCGGUACCUGUCCGGUGAGCGAUUACCGUCUGUGUGUUGAAAUUAGGAGUGGAGGGAACUGUAGCCUUGUGGAUACGUGCUUACAGGCAAGUUAAUACCAACCUGAGACGGACAGAAGAGGAGCGAGUACCGGACAAGUGGGCUGAGGAGACACCACAGUACUGAUCAUGGCGAACCUUGCCACUUGGGCCCCCGAGCCCGACAAGCCCUACAUCCGCACGGUUCUUAGCGGCGACGUGUUCCGGGACGUGGACAGUUCCACCCUGGCAGUGCCCUCCGAUGAUAAGAUCCGCAGCUUUAGCCAAGGUUAUGGCAACGGGAAGAGCAUCCGCAUCCAGGAGCAGGUCCGCCUCACCAUGUCCCGCAAGAGCAGAAAGUCCACCACGUCUGAGGGAAAGUCAAGUCGGACAUACAGUGUUCCAGAUUAUGUGGAUUAUGGUGAUGGUAGUUUCAACAGCAGUGGUACCGCAGCGGCAAACCAUUAUAAUUACACAGAUGCAUCAACUACACGUUUCACUUCACCUGGUUAUGUGAAUGGAUAUGGGAAACAGUACAUUUCUCAUGGGACAACACAAUUAGGCUCCCAACAGCCGUUGCGUAGACUGGAAAUCUCCUCUGAAGAGAGUCCUAAGGUGGCACAACACAUGCAAUCAGGAACCAGCAGUUUCAUGUCAAAAAGAAGUGGUAACACUGGAAUGUUUCAGAGUUCAGUUUGGCACCCACAGAAUUUUCAAGCCACUGUGAGCGCCCCAAGAUAUGCUCGUUCUGACACAGUGAAUUUCAGUAAAGUUGAAGCCUCGAAAAGAGGAGACUACGGCACAUACAAGAAACAGUUUAAUUACCAAACAGGAGGUGGUGGUGAUGUGUUUGAUAGUGCUCCCAAUAGUCCACUCUCUGGUGGUUUACCAGGGAUUCCUGUUACUCGCAGCAUGAAUAAUGUAUUUGAAAAAGAGAACUACGUGACCUAUUCUGGUGUACGAGGAACUAUGAAGAAUGUGAGCAAUCCACAGUAUAUGUCCAACAUACAGAUGCAGAGGUUUGGUGACCAGCAAGGCUUUGUGAUGAAUACAGCCAAUACCAGCCAGGCUGCAUCAGCGUCCAGCUUUGGAGGUGAAAGAACCCAAGUAAGGAUGCCCAUGGCAGCAACAGGCAACAUGCAAUUCCAGACUUCUAGGAAACAGAUCUUCACUGAAGCCCACCAAGGAAUGGCCCAGAUGAAUGGAAUGAAUGCAUCUCACAAUGCAACCAUCCAGCUCACCAUGGAGAAAGCUGUACAGAUGCUGAAGAGUGAAGACCUGAACCUUGUAACAUCUGCUGCCACCUUUAUUCAGCAUGAAUGCUUUGAGAAUUCAGAACCUAAGACCAGGGUUCUUCAACUCGGAGGAAUUCCUAAACUUCUGAAUCUCCUGGACACAAAUAACACUGAGGUGCAGAAAGCAGCAUGUGGUGCUCUGAGGAAUGUUGUCUAUGAAGACAUCGAGAACAAAAUGGAAGUGCACAAUUGUGGCGGAAUUUCAACGCUUCUCAGAUUGUUAAAGGAGACAAAAAACCCAGAGAUCAUAAAGCAAACCACAGGAUUGCUGUGGAACCUGUCAUCCAUUGACAGCCUGAAGAAUGUAUUGACAAACGAAGGACUCCAAACCAUUACACAGAACGUGGUCGUCCCCUAUUCCGGCUGGUACGAAGGAGACUGUCCAAAGAGUGCAGUUAAUCCUGACCCCGAAAUUUUCUACAAUAUCACUGGCUGUCUGAGAAAUAUGAGUUCGGCUGGGCCUGAGCAAAGAAGACAAAUGCGAGACUGUGACGGGCUGAUUGAUUCCCUUAUACAGUAUUCCAGGGAAACAAUUGCUGACUACAAACCAGAUGACAAGUCUGUAGAAAACUGUGUGUGCAUCUUACACAACCUCUGCUAUCAUCUGGAACAAGAGCUUCCUAACUAUUAUGUCACAAAGUUAUACCGGCAGAAACAGACCGCAGGUGCUCCUCACUCCAAAUCACAAGGCUGUUUUGGUGCACGCAGUAUGAAGGCAAAGGAGAAACAAGAAGUGGAAAAUCUCAUACCAGAAGAGAAGAGCAACCCAAAAGGAGUUGAAUGGCUGUGGAAUUCUAUAGUGGUGAGAAUGUACUUGUCCUUAAUAGCUAAGAGCAGUAGAACCUACACGCAGGAGGCCUCGCUAGGCACACUUCAGAACCUUACUGCAGGUGAUGGACCGAUGCCAUUUGCAGUAGCACAGAUUAUAGUACAAAAGGAAAAAGGCCUGCAACAUGUACGGAAGCUGAUGUACUCAAAUGACCAGGGAGUUAAAACAGCCGCACUUGCACUGUUGAAGAAUGUUGCACGGGACCCAGCCUUUCAUAAGGAUCUAAUUAGAGAUGUCCUACCUGAUUUGAUUUGCACACUUCCAGAAUGUUCUCCCUCCUCCAAUUUAGAGAAUGAAAAUGUUGCUUCUACCAUAAACUGCAUGCAUGGCUUAGCCCAGGCGAAUGUGCAGAAUGCACGGGCAGUUGUUGAUCGUGGGGGGUUGAAGAAGGUUGUUGAUAUCAGUUCAAGUGACAGAGGUAUGAUAACUAAGGCUGGCCGGGCUGCUUCAUCUUUUCUGCAGACGAUGUGGCUUUACAAAGAACUUCAUGGGACGUAUAAAAAGUCUUUUCUUAAGAAGUCUGAUUUCAUCAAUGAAGGGUCCAGGAGGGCAGUUGUUCAUUCACUCUGAAGACUGAAGAGCAAUUGAUGAAUGAUAAACCUGGAUACCGAAGACACUUCCUUUGUCAUAAAUGUUUCCACAUGGACAAGAGUUUUCACAUCAAACUGUAGUGUAUCUCUAAAUUUCUGUGUGUAUGCUGCAGUAAACAUACAUUUUUUAGAGAAAAAUGUUUUGUGUAAAUUCAUCUUUUAAAAAUAUAUCUUUCGGUAGACAGAAAGUUUACUUUCACAGAUGCCAUGUAAAGGGCAGCUAAAAGCUAAUUAAAUUUUUUUUGUUUCUUUGUUAACAUGGCAUAGCUAAAAUGCAGCAAUAGAGUCAGGCCCAACACAUGUAUGUAUCCCUAAUAGCUAAAUAACAGCAAAACUGGAUAAGGGUUUCUUGCAUUUGUCCAUUUGUAGAGUUAAUGGAGGUUGUACCUCCUGUUGCCAAGAAGCCCCGUCAAUGCUUGUCUCUGAAUUUGCUUUCACAGUUUGUUAGGUUAAUGCUCGUGUACGGUUUCAUGUGUUUGUAUCAUUAUUUUUUGUAUCACAUCUUUUUUUUCUGCUGAUGCACUGGUAGGACAUUUGGAGGUAUGGGGAUCCAUUGUUCAGAUGAUUACUGCUUUAAGCAAGCCGUAAUGGAUUCAGGCUUCAAAUGUACUUGUUUACAAUGUGACCUUCACAAAGUCCAUUAAUGCCUUAGGGCUCUGGUCCACAUGGCUGAAAAAAGGGGUAUGAAGCAGGACCUCGUAGAUGCAAGACGUUACAUUUCUGUCAGACUGACCUGGGUAAACAUUUUUAAGAAAGAAAAAAAUUGCUUUUUCUCAGAAGAGAUUUGAUGAAAUGUAAUUGCUUAACAGUUUUUUUUUAGCACUGUGUUACUUUCUUUUUUGGAUUUCACAGUUGAAAAUGUUGCAGUUUUGUAUGAUUUGACCAUUUAACGAAAUGCUUUUUUUAAAAACUAAAUAAACUAAUAUUAACAGAA